AUGUUUGAGGACCAAUAUCUAGAUAUUUUCAUGAAAAUAUCGUACCAUAUACUCACCAGAGAUAAUAGUUCCAAGAAACCGUACAAACAAUUUUGUCUUCAAUAUUGCAACCAGUUGAAACGGAUCAUACGCUCGUCUCAGCUUUCAACUAUAAAUCUGAUAAUAAGCUGGUACUACUUAUACAAGUAUGCCAGUAAUACAGUAUGUUCGAUUGAUCUGGAGGAAGGCAUGUCGAUGAUCAGCCAUCUUAUUUUCACGUCUUUCAUAUUGGCCAAUAAAUCCUUCGAUGACCAAUGCUACUCGUGCAAAACUUGGUCAAACAUUGCGAAUAGCAGUGAUACCAAUUACACCUACGAUUUAAAAGUCAUCAAGCAGCUCGAAUCCCACUUUUUGUCCGUGGUUGACUACAAGCUUUCGUUUACAGCAAUCGAUAAUGAUGACUUCUGGACCUUUUUGCAAGUCAUGUUCAACGAUACAAAUCUGUCAAGUCAUGUUCUCCACCACCUCAAGUCCAAAAUUAUUCCUACAACCGACGCGCUGCUAUCCAUUCCUGUUACGCCCAUACUAUAUGACAACUUCACUUCUCCUGCAACUGUUUCACUCAAAUCACCUAUGACUCCAUUAACUCCAUUUUCUCUUGAUAGAAAACGCACAUACAGCAAUAUGGAUUAUGGAAGCAUGGAAAAGUUGUGCAACAGCAUUAAUCUAGACGAGUUUACCAAUUUCGAAUUUGGUUUUACGGCUCAGUAA